UCACUUCCCCCACUCUUCCUGCCAGCCUCGUGGCUGGAGGAGUAUAGACCUGAGAUGAUGUGGCUCCUUCAUAACCCCAGCCAUGGGGGAAUUUAAGGAACUGCAGACCUGGGAGAUUUGAACCUCUAUCUCCAAACAUGGGCUGUCUGUGUGGGAUUGUUAAAUCCAACAAAACCCCUGUGGAAGAAGUAUCAGAACCAAAAUCAAAAAAGAAAAAGGAAAAACCAAAGCUCACACCUCCGCCUGAAAAAAAGACCAAGGAAAAACAACCACCACGGCCAAAACGACCACCACAGCCAAAACAACCACCACCACAGCUGGCAGCCAAAAAGAUCCAGGCCUGGUGGCGAGGCACCCUGGUGCGGCGCACGCUGCUGACGGCUGCCCUCAAUGCUUGGAUCAUUCAGUGCUGGUGGAGACACACACUGGCCACAACACUCAAGUGGAAACGCAUAGAGGCUCUGUGCCGGAUGGCACGAGAAACGAGAGCCUGUGUCACUAUUCAGUCCUGGGUCCGAAUGCUGCAGGUCCGCCAGGGGUACCGCCGCUUGCGUUACGCCACCCACAUCAUCCAGGUGUCAUGGCGCUGGUAUAACUGCCAUACCCGUGGCUUUUUUGAGGGCACCUAUGAAAUCACAGGGGACAAACUAAGUCUGCGGCUUGACAUCUUUCUGGGAUCACAGGUUUGUCGUAUAUCAGACUGCAUAUCCUUGCCAAUAAAGAACUGAUCAGGUCUUCUAA